AAAGAUCCUCCUACCCUCUCUGCACACACACUAAUGCAACAGCGCCCUCUAGAGUCCCAUAAUUCGACGGUCACAGAACUCUUGUCCAAGUAUGACGGGUCAACUCAAUAAUAAUCCAUUGUGACAUCACACUUUGUGUUUAGAUUGAGUGGUUAAACGUGGGUAAAAUUACAUAUUAAUGUGAGAGAUAGAGUUUCCUUUUUUGUCAUUUUCGUUAAAAAUGGGAUGUUGCUGCAGUAAACAGGACAAUGAUGAGGACGACAUCAGUCCUGCACUUCUUCACCGCAAAGCUGUGGUAUCCCCUUCCAUUUCCUCCACCUCUAGCCUUCCCCUUUCCAAAACCCUGACCCGCAGCAGCUCCUGCCCUGUCCUCUCCUUCUCCACCCUUUCAUCCCGCAGUGCUCCCUCUCUUUCUCACUCCUCUCCGAACUUAGCCUCCUCCCGCUGCAACCCUCUCCUGCCCCACCCCUCACCCACACAAUACCCCACUGCUGAAUCUCCCCAGCGUCCAGUUGCUGACACCCAUCCAUCAUCCGGCCUCCGCACAAACCUCCAGUUACUAGGGUUUCCGAACAAUGGGAACACCUGUUAUUUAAACGCCACCAUGCAGGGUCUCCUAGGCCUGGUCUUCUUCAACAGUGACAUCAUGGAGCAAAUACAAUGCUGGAGAGGACACUCGUUUGCCCCUCUUCUGAGGAACAUGGCAAACCUACAACAGUCAAGACAAAAUCCUAGGAGAGCCGAGAGAAAGGGGCAGAUCCUGAAGAAAAUACAGAGGUGUAUUUCAAAGAUCUGCCCCCAUUUCCAUGGGGACCACCAGCAGGACGCCCACGAAUUCCUGGUGUUCUGCCUCAUUAAAAUAAAAGAGGAGGGCGAAGCUCUCAGCAAGCUGGGGCUGUUGCCCAGGUGUCCUGUGGCCAACCUGGAGUUCCAGCUCCUAUCGGUGCGCACAUGCAACAGCUGUAGACUCAGUGUAGAGAGGAGGGAGGAUUACAACCAUCUCUCCAUCCCGUCCUCCCACCAAGGCACAGUGACCGACAGCCUGGCCCAGUUUUUCAAGACAACAGAGCUGGAGUGGGCCUGUAGCUCCUGUCCAGGGCGGGCAGCCUCAGAGGAGCUCCAGUUCGUCACUCUGCCACGGGUUCUAGUCCUUCACCUUAAGAGAUUCGGUGGCGUAUCUCUGCAGAAAAGUGAGUGCAGCAUUGGGAUCGCCCCAGAGCUGAGUCUCCCCUCCCAUCAACAGAGAGGCGGGUUUGUGGAGCAGCUUAUGCCAAGUUUGGAGAUGCCAUAUUACACUCCUUCCACAUCUCCGGCCAGCAGCCACAGCAGCAGUUCUUCUCUAGUCUUGAGGGACAGUGGAGAGGGUGCAGGAGAGCCAGAUAGCAUGGCGUCUCAUCUGGUGAGGAAUGGCAGUUACUGUACACCAGAAAAUAGUAAAAGGAGAAACAAAUGCAAUGCUCAACACAGAAUUGUCAUAGCUGUAAUAACAUGGAAUCGAUGCAUUUAUUUGACUUUUUUUUUACACAGAUCAAAACAGAGUGCAAUACCACAACAUACCACUUGGAGAGUGUUGUGUCCCACCUGGGUGACAGUAUGGAGAGUGGUCACUACAUCUGUGAUGUUGCGGAGGGGGAUGGCAGUACUUGGCUGUGCUUUAAUGACAACAUUGUGUCACGGAAGACCAAAGAGGACGUAUUGCAGGAAAGGGCGAGCACAGCCUACUUGCUCUUCUAUGUGAAGAGUGAAGAAGGAGAGUGAGAGAAAGGAGUUGGCUAGAUGUCAUCUAGACACGGGAAGAGAUUUGGCAUUUUUCUUUACACCAGGCUGUUUGACUAUAUAGUCUUCUGAGCCCCACCUUGUGUCAUGAUGUCAUGAGAGAAAUUGGCUGCCGGGCAGAGACACCCUUCUGCUGGUGACUACACCCUGUUCUACUGAGAGAACUCUUCCUUGGCGUGGUCGUCAGAGUCAAAAAAGCAGAAAAGUGCAAUGUGAACAUCAGCUCAGAAACAGAGAGACGGUUGCCGUCAAGAGGUCGGAUGGCUCAUAUCUUCAAGUUCACACAAAGUUCUCCACCAAUGUGAUCCAUGAUCGAUGCUGGAAUGGAAAAUAGCCUGGCUCACAUCUUCAUCAAGUUAACACUUGUAAUGUUUUAUAAUAAGCACCAUCAAACAUUAAAUAAAUGUUCAUUAAACUAAAAAUGCAGUGCCUCUCAAAUGUGUAAUAUGUGAAGUGCUCUGAAUAGUGCGUUGAAUGUAAUUGAUUCAUGGAUAGUAGGGCUGCUGUACUGUGACUACUAC